AUGUGCCCAAAGCGAGGAGGAGAUCGCUUCAUCCCGCAUCGAGAGCUCAGUCGAUCGUCGGGGCUAUCGUGCGACCAGCUGCUCGAGAACCCAGGAGGAGACCCGCUGUCGAUGAGCAGCAGCAGCAGGAGGCGCUCGUCGUCACCGGGUGGAGACAGGUCGGAAAACCUGACGACGAGCAGCUUGGGCGCGCGCUCGCACAACAACGACGACACUGGCAGUGGCAUGGAGGCGCCCCCUGUGGAUCUCGAGGAGGCGCUCAACAUUGAGUCGAACCAUCGCAUCCUCUCGUUUAGUGCCGCACCCCCAGACUCGGCCUCGGCGCCCGAGGUGCGGAGCCGGUACGCUGCGCCACGGCCAAAGGUGCUGCCCUCGAGCCUCACCUCGGGCGGCCGCCGCCGGAUCCCCACGGUGCCCGAGAAGACGCUCGACACGCCGGGCAUGAUCAACGACUUCUACACCCACCUGCUCGCCUGGUCGCCGCUCAACAACGUCGCCAUCGCCCUGGGCCCCGUGGUGCAUGUCUGGAACGGCAACACGGGCGAUGUCAUUGAGCUCUGCGACCUCGAAGCGCAGCCGGAGCGCCUCGGCGGCGGGCCCGACCAGAUGCCCCAGUCGCUCUCCUGGGAUGCGUCGGGCAAGGUGCUCGCAGUGGGUGCGCCCAGCGGCCACGUGCAGCUCUGGGACCUCGAGACGGGCCAGCGGCUGCGCACACUGCGGCCCGAUGGCCAGGGUGGCGCCGACUGCGUGUCGCCCAACGUGUCGACGUGGGCCGAGGACAUGACGUUUGCCGUCGGAUACAAGAGCGGCCUGCUCCGCGAGCACGACACGCGCGUCAAGGAGAGCGUCAUCCGGCAGAUUGACAAUGCCCACCUGCAGGCCGUCUGCGGCAUGGAGUACCGCUCCGACAGCGCGCUCCUCGCCACCGGCGGCAACGACAACGCCGUCAAGGUCUGGGACCGGCGCACCGAGGUGCCCAAGAUGCACAAGGAGCACCAUCGUGGUGCCGUGCGGGCCAUCUCGUGGUCCCCGCUCAACUCGUCGCUCCUCGCCACGGGCGGCGGCACCCUCGACAAGGCCAUCCACUUUUGGAACGUGACGCAGUCGACAAAGAUGCAGUCGAUCAAGACGGACAGCCAGAUCACGUCGCUCCACUGGUCCCACCGCUACCGCGAAAUCGUCUCGUGCCACGGCCUCUGCGAGGGCUCCAGCGAGGCGCCCAUCAACGUAUGGGCCCAUCCCUCGUGCGAGCGCCUCGAGUGCAUCCCUGCCCAUCUCUCGCGCAUCGCCUACUCGGCCCUCAGCCCCGACGGACAGGUUCUGGCCACUGUCGGCCUUGACGAGAGCCUCAAGUUCUGGAAGAUUUUCGAGAAUGCCCACAGCGACGACGCCUCGGCCAAGGCGGGCGCCGGCGCCGGCAGCGGCAUCCGCGCUGCCUCGUCCGCCGCACUGGAUGGCGUCUCGUCCAAGGGCGGCGUGCCCACGAAGAAGGGCCUCUACUCGCUCCGUUGA